AUGGAUUCUAUCAUUUUCUCCCACAAGAUCCAAAUGCAGCAUCCAGGAAAUCAGAGUACUAGAGUCUUAUUUGUCUUCUUGGGAUUCUCAGAAUAUCCAAACUUACAGGUGCCUUUGUUCCUGGUUUUUUUGGUCAUAUACACCAUCAGUGUUCUGGAAAAUCUAGGUAUGAUUUUGGUCAUCAGGAUUAACCUCAAACUCCAUACUCCAAUGUACUUUUUCCUCAGCCAUUUAUCCUUCAUUGACCUUUGUUACACCACUGUGAUUGGACCAAAACUGUUAGACCUUCUGAUAAGGGAAGACAGAUCUAUGUCUGUAAGAGGAUGCAUAAUCCAGUUCUACUUUGGCUGUGCUUGUGUGGUUGCCCAAACCUUUAUGUUAGCUGUGAUGGCUUAUGAUCGCUUUGUAGCAAUUUGUAACCCUCUUCUCUAUACUGUGGCUAUGUCUGGUAGACUCUGUGCUCUCCUAGCAGCUGCAACUUAUCUAUGGGGUGGGCUCUGUGCCACUAUACUUACAUACUUCCUUCUGGCACUGUCUUACUGUAGAUCUACCACCAUUAACCACUUUUGCUGUGAGUAUUCUGCCAUCAUCUCUGCAUCCUGUUCCGAUUCUUCCUUCAGUCAGUUGGCAUGCUUGUUAGUUUGUAUGUUCAACGAGAUUUGUAGUCUCCUAAUCAUCAUUGUCUCCUAUGUUGUCAUCUUUGUCACUGUCAUCAAGAUUCCUACUAAAGGAGCACUCCAAAAAGCCUUGGCCACCUGUGCCCCCCACCUGACUGCUAUCUCUUUCUGUCAUGGGAUCAUUCUCCUUCUGUACUGUGUACUCAAGUCAAAGAGCUCACUGUUCCUUGUUAAAAUAGUCACUGUGUUUUACAGCAUGGUCAUACCUAUGCUCAAUCCUCUUAUUUACAGCCUAAGAAAUCAGGAUGUAAAGGAGACUGUGAGGAAGCUAGUCCAUGUAAAAGUCCUUUCUCCCUCAUAG